GAGUGUCAAUACUGAAGAGAGUGUCAAUACUGAAGAGAGUGUCAAUACUGAAGAGAGUGCUAUUGUUGUAGAGAGUGUCAAUACUGAAGAGAGUGCUAUUGUUGUAGAGAGUGUCAAUACUGAAGAGAGUGCUAUUGUUGUAGAGAGUGCAUAUGCUGCAGAGAGUACACAUGCUUCAAAAAGCACCAAUGUUAAAGCGAGUACCAGUGAAAUGCAGCAAUCUGUCAAAGGUCCUAGCCCAAACAUAGCGUUCUUAAUUAAACCGGUAGAAAUCUACACUAGAAUCUCAGACCACUGCCUUCAUCCUACUUGCACUCGCAUUAAAAAAAAACUAUCUGAGGACAUUCCUAACUCCUGCUUCAAUGCCUUUUUUAUCGAACACCAUGUGAAUCAUCUGAAUAGCGAUCUUAAAAAGGCGUAUGAUCAGCUAGCGGAGUAUUAUACUCGGAUUGCCAAUAUUAGCGACGAUAAAAAUAUUAAAAUAACUGCUGCCAAGGUAAAGAGGCUAGUAACACUGUAUGACUACACCAGCAAAACCUUCAAAGACACAGUGAAUCUGAAUCAAAUAUUCCUGGACUCUUUUGCAAAACCGAAAGAUCCUUUAUUCGGUGAUCCCAAAAGCAUCGAGACUCACAAUUUUACCCUGUCCCACUUGGACCUCUCCAAAAUUGAUCGAAACGACUCUACGGUCGUGAUUGACAUCAAACGAAGCAUGGAUACAUUUAUUUCGCAUUUUGAAGCUAUUUAUGUUGCCCAUGGCGUGGAUGUUGAGAGACAUUGGUUUUUUCAUCUACGUCAGUUGUUUAUGAAAGACACCCGUGUUUCUGAUUGGUUUUACGACACUAUCUUUACUAAAUACUUAAAGAAUGAUGGCUUAAUGACCUGGACUGAAGCAAAAAAAUUAUUGGAUGACAAGUUUGGAUACAAGGCUCGAUAUGGAACUUAUAUUAUGCACCAACAGCUCCACAAUGUCAAACAGGAAAAGGGCGAGGACUUUGGAAAGUAUGUGACCCGCGUUCAUGAUUGUGCAAGGAUUGCUAUGGUUGACAGGACGGAUAAUUUCUUUUUAUGCAACGUGUUUCUGUCUAAUUUAUACAAUAAGGAUAUACAACGCCAUGUCAAAGAAAUUCUUGAAGACCAUCUCAAAGAGGUGCAUGGAGACGACGCAAUGGAUCCGCUCGCACGUGAAGAUCAAUUCAUGAAAUACUAUAGCGAUUUCCGGAAUGUGGAUAACGCUGUUCACAAGAGAAGUUCUCAGCUUAAUAAAUGCGAUCACUUACAUAGUCAUGACUUUAGUAAUUGGCAGCAUGUGGAAGCUGAGCAAAUACUCAGUCCUGCUGACCAUGCUUAUAAAAAAAGAAGAAUAUAAACUCUAGUUGUUGUUGUUUUCAAAAAGAAAUAAUAAAAAAAAAAAAAAAAAAAAACUCAUCAAUGACAUGCUCUGUAUCACCAGUAGUAGCCAGGAUGAAGGGG